UCCUCCUACGGAUUCCCCCCGCACUUAUGGUCCGCGGCUCCCCUUGGUUUGGGGUUUUGCAACUGGCAGCUGUUUUUUUUUUUUCCCUCCUCCCCUGUCUCGGUCUCUCCUUCUUCUUUUAGGUUGCUCCACCCCGCCCAGGAUCAGGGGAGGGGGAACCAGCUUGGCUGCGGCUGCCAACUGGCGCCGAGUGCGUCUGCGAACUCCGGGAGCGGAGCCCCGCGUGCUGCCUGUGCGCUGCAGGGCGCGCUCCUCUCGCUUCCUCCGGACCCCGCGUCCUCCGUCCCCCGCAACCCUUCUCUACUUUUCCCCCCUUUUGCAAUCACAUGGCAUUUUAAGAAUGCCGGAAAGAUGGCGGUAGCGGCGGCGGCGGUGGCGGCUGCGCCGGCAGGCGGGGGAGGCGGCCGGGCGCAGCGGAGCGGGCUGCUGGAAGUUUUGGUGCGGGAUCGUUGGCAUAAAGUUCUGGUGAACUUGAGCGAGGACGCCCUGGUUCUGAGCUGCGAGGAGGGAGCUGCGGCGUACAACGGCAUCGGGACUGCCACCAAUGGCUCGUUCUGCAGGGGUGCCGGAGCCGGGCACCCGGGGACAGGCGGCGCGCAACCCCCGGACUCGCCCGCAGCCGGGGUCCGCACCGCCUUCACCGACCUGCCGGAGCAGGUGCCCGAAUCCAUCUCCAACCAGAAGCGCGGCGUGAAGGUGCUGAAGCAGGAGCUGGGAGGGCUGGGCAUCAGCAUCAAGGGGGGCAAGGAGAACAAGAUGCCCAUCCUCAUCAGCAAGAUCUUCAAGGGGCUGGCGGCCGACCAGACCCAAGCCCUGUACGUAGGCGAUGCCAUCCUGUCGGUGAACGGAGCCGACCUGCGGGACGCCACCCACGACGAGGCGGUGCAAGCGCUGAAGCGCGCUGGCAAGGAAGUGAUGCUGGAAGUGAAGUACAUGAGAGAAGCCACACCUUAUGUGAAGAAAGGAUCCCCAGUAUCUGAGAUAGGAUGGGAGACACCUCCGCCUGAAUCCCCUCGGUUAGGGAGCAGCUCAUCAGAACCUCUGUCAUCACAAUCCCUCUCCUUCCAUAGAGACCGGAAAAGUAUCCCCCUCAAAAUGUGCUAUGUCACUCGGAGCAUGGUCUUGGCUGACCCUGAGAACAGGCAGCUUGAAAUUCACUCUCCUGAUGCCAAGCAUACAGUGGUCCUAAGGAGCAAGGACUCAGCCACUGCCCAGGCCUGGUUCAGUGCCAUCCACUCCAACGUUAGUGACCUCCUGACUCGAGUGAUUGCUGAGGUCAGAGAGCAGCUGGGAAAAACAGGCAUUGCUGGGAGCCGAGAGAUCAGGCAUCUUGGCUGGCUUGCAGAGAAGGUGCCAGGCGAGAGUGAGAAACAGUGGAAACCAGCCCUGGUUGUUCUGACUGAGAAAGACCUUUUAAUCUAUGACAGCAUGCCAAGGAGGAAGGAAGCCUGGUUCAGCCCAGUUCACUCAUAUCCUCUUCUUGCCACCAGGCUGGUCCAUUCAGGUCCAGGGAAGGGAUCACCCCAGGCUGGUGUGGAUCUGUCCUUUGCAACACGAACUGGUACAAAGCAAGGAAUUGAAACACAUCUGUUCAGGGCAGAGAUCAGCAGGGACCUCUCCCACUGGACAAGGAGCAUAGUACAGGGGUGCCACAAUUCAGCUGAACUCAUUACUGAAGUCACCACAGCUUGCACCUACAGAAACCAGGAGUGUCGUUUGACCGUACAUUACGAGAAUGGAUUUUCUAUUUCCACUGAACCUCAGGAGGGUGCCUUUGCCAAGACAAUCAUACAAUCCCCUUAUGAGAAGCUCAAAAUGUCUUCAGAUGAUGGAGUCCGCAUGCUGUAUUUAGAUUUUGGAGGCAAAGAAGGAGAGAUUCAACUGGAUCUUCAUUCCUGCCCCAAGCCGAUCGUUUUCAUCAUUCAUUCCUUCCUGUCAGCUAAGAUUACAAGACUGGGCUUGGUGGCCUGAACAGAGGGGCGACUUGCCUUAGGAAAGGAGGGCUGUGAUGCCACAAGAGUGAUGUCAGACACCACCCGUAGUGAGCAGCGCACCAGAUGUAGCAUGCUACAGUCAGCUUCGGGUCUUAGGAGUCAUGUGUAAUGUUCAGAGGCUCCUCUGUCAGUUUCAGUGACUACAAGGGGUACCCUAAGAAAAUACAAUGAGGAAUAUCAGAAUAAAAUUUCUUAGAACAGAACAAGGUUGGAGAAGUAAGGGUGAUUGGAUAUACAUGACAUAGCUUCCAAAUAAUGACAGCCAAGGACACGGCCAUUAGAACAGCAAGUGCUAAUCUUAAUCAUACCAGUUUCUAAGCAACUGGUUUACCCAGGUAAGCAGGGGCAGAAGAGUUAAGAAAAGGAUAUUUUCAUCUACUCCCUCCCCACUCCAGUAACAAUGAUCCCUUAUUUUAUUGUGAUUUAUUUCCUAAUUCUAGUUGAGUUGACUUUCACUGGUAGGGAAAGAAAAACACUUCAAGUGAAAGCCCACCUUUUAUUUGAGUAUGAAGCAGCUGUUCCCUUUUUUUUCUUAAUGAAUUAUCUUUCAAUGGUGUAGAAGGAUUCCAAAGUGUUCUCAUUAGCUUGUGUGAACAGAAAUUAAAUAAAGCAUCAGAUACUGAUCUGAGCUGUGAGCUGGUGGAAUCUGAGCCAAGGUAGACUGUUUAAAUUGUAAAGCUUUGCUGAGGAGUUGUAUGCACAAGAUUAAUUCUGGGACUAUACUCACACCAAGGUCUGCUGUUUAUAGCCAAGACUGUUACCUUUAUUUAUAGAAAGCAAAUUAUGAGUAUUUUAAAGAAAAAAAACAAGACUGUCAUCUGAGGUACAUAUAUCUCACCUGGUUGGGGUUACUAACUGUCUUCAUUUCAUGGCUUUCAGUGGAAGUACUGAGCACUUUGACUCUUGUUUCUGCCUGUGCUUGUAUGCAUGCAUUUUCCAGCCAGUAAUGGAGAAGUCUCAUUUAAUUCU